AACGCGGGAGUUCAUGACGUCACUUCUAGUCAGUGUGUUUGUGACUCUUGUGACGUUAACACCCUGUCGGAUUACGCUCUCACUCUACCUUGACUAUACAAUUUUGUCAGGUGUUUCAAGUACAUGGGCGACCUUCAAGAAGCACAUCGGGGUCGUGUUUCUUCGGGGAGUGUGUGGUUAGGCCACCUUGGCCACCACUAGGAAUUAGGAAAGCUGACUUUCGUCUGUCCAGAUAAUCUUAGUGUGGUGUGACAUCCAAGAUGGGUCCUUUAAGAAGGGUCAAGCUGACGGAACUGAACGCUCACCUGGUGUGCGUUCUGUGCUCUGGUUACUUCGUGGAUGCCACGACAAUAAUUGAGUGUCUCCAUACUUUCUGUAAGACCUGCAUCGUCAGGUACCUUCAGACGUCGUCGUUCUGCCCAAUUUGUGAUGUGCAGGUACACAAGACAAAGCCACUUUUGUCCUUGAGAGAGGAUAGAACACUUCAAGAUGUAGUGUUCAAGCUGGUGCCAGACUUGUUUCAUUCAGAGAUGAACCGGCGCUUACGAUUCUACAAAGAACAUCCAGAAGCAGGUGGAGAUAAGACUGAGCAGUCUCUGCGAGAGAGGCGUCACUUCUUCCACGUUGACGAUCAGAUCUCCCUUUCGCUCGAGUACCUCCCUUCUGCCCCGACAAAUACGUCUUAUUCUCAUCUUCACGGACUGAAACCGCUGAAGAUCAGUAAUGGUCAGCAAGAGAAGGCAAAGGUUUCAGAGGAUGACAAAGAGGGAUCAGGAGUGAAGAAAGAUGAAGGGAAGAAGGAAGAGGAGAAAGAAGAGGAGAAAAUGCCAGCGAAGGUAAUUCACAAGCGCUACCUGAAGUGUCCAGCUGCUGUGCAAAUAUCGCAUCUAGAAAAGUUCAUUAGACUAAAGUAUAGUCUGACUCCACAAACACACAAGGUUGACAUCAUGCAUGGUGGCGAUUGCUUAGUAGGUGAGCUGACACUUCUGGAUGUGGUAUAUAUGUACAAGUGGACGGAAGACGCUCCCCUUCGAUUAAUGUAUACCGUCUCGACUGUCCCUCAGACACGGAAGAGGGCGAGGCCAAAUGGUUUGUGCACUAAUGCGGCCACAGACCCAGAAGCUCCACCUCCAAAAAUCCAAAAGACUUCGCAGCCAUCUCUGUUACAAGAGCAACCUGCACAUCAGCUUGCUCAUUCUCAGGUUCAUCCAGUCCCUGGAAGAGAUCAAGAUACAGUGGAAUCGAGCAAGAUAGGAGUACCUGAGGAAGCCGAUUGCUCAGUAGAUGAAAAGACUGUUGCUUCUGAAACCAAUCAGAUAAGUGUUGCAAUUGCUAUCACAACUACUACCAGUACACCAUGUACUUCAAGUAUUGGCAUAGUUUCUUCUCAUAUGGCCAUAAAUAUCCCUAGUCUACCGAGCACUAUACUUAACAGCGGUAUUGCUCGGUUACCAACCCCUCUUCCAAGUAUUCGCCGACCGGCAUAUACAAAAACAACACCAGCUAAUGCAACCCCACGUUUGGCUGUUCCAACAAAAGCUUACACAUCCACAGAAAACAUAUCAACAGUUGCUGCUGUUGAGGCAGUUGCUGUUACUGUCCAGAUGACAACCCCAGUUGUUACUCUCACAUCCAAUGUUGGAGUUACUUUUACAAGCAAUACUACUACCACCAAUACAGUUAGCACUAAGUUUGUUCCUGUUGCUCCUCUUCCCGUAACAGGUGUAUCAAAACCCACAAUAAACGGUCUUGCUGAUUCUACCAUCAGCCAGCCAAUAAUGCAGCCAAUAAUUCCUACUAAACCUCGCUUAGGACGUCCUCCAAAUGCAUCAAGAAUUGCAGCGAUGAAGACUGGUGGUCCAAGGACUGGGGAUAUCAGAGCUAUCAGACCAGUUGCGCCAAGUAAAGUUGUAAACAAGGCCCAAGGGGCAGUAAACAGAACAACCCCAGUUGUGACAGCCAGUUUGAAUGUUCAGAAUAGAUUAAGUAAUAUCAGUGGUUCAAAAGUUGGAAAUCCUAAAGUAGCAAUAAAGAGAUUAAAUGAUGUGCCAAAGGUUGUUGAAACAAGUGAAAACCCAAGUAAGAAAUUGGCAGUAUCUACAAGUAAUAUGAGUGCUGUGAACUUACAGACACCAAGUUCAAGUAUUUCAAUGCCUCAGCAAUCUACCAGUGUUACAGUAAUGUCACAACCAAAUCCAGCAACUACUGUUACUACAAAUACAAUUCAGGUUUCUAAUGCUCCAACCAUUAAGCAAUCUCAGCCAUUAAGCACAGAAGCUAAAACAGUUACGGAGGGAAGUCAAAAACUUGGAUUACCCAAUACUCAACAGUCUGGUCCUCCAGUUUCUCAAUCUUCUGUUGUUUCCAAGGCUCAGAAGUCACCAACAGUUCAAAAUCCACGUCUUCAAGGAAAUCAGGUUUCAAAACCUCAACAAACCCCAGUUAUGUCUGCUGUUCAGCCUACUUCAAAAAAUACCUCACCAGCUGUGGGGUCUCGUUCUGAGAACAGUACAGGGGGUGGUAGUAACAACAAAGUAUCUGGAAAUAUGGUGAAAAGUCCAGUUCCCAGCCAGUCAACUGUGAGGGCUUCUUUGUCAAAUCAAGGAACAGUCUCUUCGCCAUCAGUAUCAGUCUCACUUUCACAACUCUCUCAGCUGAGCACAUCUACUUCAAUUAGUACUACACCACUUUCAUCACAGCCCAAGAUGAACCAAGGAUCUCGAAUACUAGCAACUCCAUCACCUGUAAGAGCACCAAAUCCUACAUCUGUGACACUAAAAACUCCUGCAACCACAGCAUCUCAACGAAGUCCAGCUACAACACCCAAUAGAAUGCCUUUUGGACAAGCCCAACGGUCACAGACAAGUCCAUCUCCUAACAGUGCCACUUCUAGCCCCGCACUUCACAGGGCUCUUUCAAAUAAUUCAUGCCGGCCACCUCCUCCUGCACCUCACAGGGUACCAGCUAGCCCAGCACCACACCGAGCGCCUCAGAGUCCAGCACCUCAAAGGCCAUCCUCAAGCCCAGCUCCACACCGAGCUCCACCAAGCCCAGCUCCACACCGAGCCCCACCAAGUCCAGCUCCACACCGAGCCCCACCAAGCCCAGCUCCACACCGAGCCCCACCUAGCCCAGCUCCACACCGAGCACCACCAAGCCCAGCUCCACACCGAGCACCACCAAGCCCAGCUCCACAUCGGGCUCCACCAAGCCCAGCUCCACAUCGGGCUCCACCAAGCCCAGCUCCACAUCGGGCUCCACCAAGCCCAGCUCCACAUCGGGCUCCACCAAGCCCAGCUCCACAUCGGGCUCCACCAAGCCCAGCUCCUCACAGAGCUGCUCAAAGUCCAGCUCCUCAUAGGGCACCUCCUAGCCCUGCUUCUCAAGCACCGCCAAGCCCAGCUUCUCAAACACCACCAAGUCCAGCUGCUCAAGCACCACCAAGCCCUUCAUUCCAGCCACCUCUAAGUCCGGCAACAUCACAAGCACCUGCUAGUCCAGCUCCUACUCAGAGUUCUACACCCCAGUCUGGGCAAUCCAAAUCUAGUCUUGUAUAUUCUAAAGCCAAUAGCCAAGGAAAUUUACAAAUCACUUCCAAGCAGUCAGCUGUUCCAACUACAGCAGAAGGAAAGAUGGUUUCUGUAUCAAGCACAACUUCUAAGGAAAUGCCAUCCAUGAACACCAAUGGCUCCAUAGCAGCUGGAAGUAAUACUGGAGCCAAAGUUGUUAGUUGUGGUAAGCCUGGCGUAGUAAACAAAGCAGUCAAUACAAAUGCAGUUAAUAGUUGUGAAACUAAAUUGACAAACAGUUCUGAUGCCAAAGUUGCUAGUAGUGAUGCCAAAGUAACAAUGAAAUUAUCUCCAAAUGGUAAAGCAACUCCAAAGUCUCCAGGACGCAAGAAAGGAAAUGGCGGUAGUUCAACUAUAUUAAGCAUUGCGCAGAAUUUGGCAAAUCGUCAGCUUCACCAGCAAAGAACAGUAAAUACUACAUCUCUUACAAAUACUGUUACUACCAAUACAAAUUCAACACCCCAGGUUAGUGUUCAGCAGCCAUAUCCAUCAACACAAAAUGCUAUUGUGUAUCCAAGUGGUGGACUAGUUGCACCGGCAUUAGCUGCUGCAUACAUGGCAACUGCUUACGGUGGAGAUGUAGCCAUGAGAAAUCUCAUAACACUGAGUCAGACUGCAGCAUGUUUGCGUGAAUUUAACUUGGCUAUGGUUCAGGCUGCAGAAACUCAAGCCAAGACCAAUGAUCCAGCCCCCAUUGAUCUUUCACCAACUUCAAAAGCUGCCCCACAGACUCCGCUAACCAAUGGCCGUAGCAACACUAUUUCUACCACUUCACCACUAUCAGGGAGCAGUAGCAAGUUGACGAAGUCUGCACCAACAAAAGUCACCACCAUUGAUGAUAAUAGUGCUCCAACAAUAUCUCCUCCAACACCUGAAGUUACCAUUACCAAACUACCAAAUACACCAGCUACUUCAGUGUCAAAUAAUCCCACUGUCCCAUCAUCAGGUAAAAAUGUGCCUGGUUUGGUGAAGAUUGCAUCUUCUAGUACCAACACAGUAUCUAUUACAAAACGCCCUAUAUCUGCAAACCGUAUUGCCGUGGCCAAGUCGCAAGCAAAUGCAUCAGUUCGCCAAAUUCCAAAUCCAUCUCUCUUGAGGCACCAGUCUGAGGUGCGAAAUAACAAUAACGUGAGCAAGACGACUGUAACAACUGCCACGACUACCAGUACUAAGGGCAACACUGUUACUAUGAAGCCUCAAAAUUCCCCAAAGCUGAACAACAGUGGUCGCUCGGUGGGAAACUCACCCCUGAAGGACACUGGCCCUUUGCCCGAAACAUCCUCCAUUCUGAAGAUUGAGAAUCUGACACGGUCUCUUGCCCCAGCAGCUGCUGCUGCUGCCACGGCUGCUUCCCCAUCGUUCCGUUUCUUUGACAACAGAUAGGGAAGGGCCGUUAUAGAGGUGGUGGUGCUGGAGGAAGAAGAGUGAUAAAAAGUGAUAUAAUAAGUUUUUGUCAAACCUUUGGCAGUUAAAAUAAAUCAUUAUAAUUUGGCCCGUAACUGUUUCAAGUGAUUCUUGCUAUUUUCUGUCAAUACUUUUACCACGUCCAAGUGCCUUCAUGGUGAACUGCUGUGGUAACGAAAGAUUUUUUUGUGUGCGCGUGUGUGGGAAGCUGUCUCUUUUGAUACAAAGGCAUUUUUCUAUGUGAUGAAUUCUCGAAGACUGAGAGAAAGACGUACACUGAAAGACAGAUCAGACACGCUUACCCAUCGUUACAUAUCGCAUGACUGUGAAUGAACUGUGCAUAUCCAAGAGUGAUAAAUUAACGGUAUGCAGUCUCACAUAUCUAUGCAUAUAGGCAAAGCUUCCAUUUGUGACCUUACACGAAGAAUACACUAUGAACAUUUUUCUGAAGCGACUUGGCAGUAAUUGGUAAACCUACUUCGACUAUAUUUACUGUGAUAAUGUAUGAAUGUAGCGCUGUUUUUUGCGCUACUUCACUGUAAGUUCUGUUUAUGGCUAAUCGCCCUUCCUUUUUCCCCCACAAUAUUUUGUCUGAUGAGUGCACAAUUUUUUGUACUAUCUUACAAUGGUGUAGCGUUUCCAGAACUUGAGAUUGUAUAUACAGAAAAUAUAUUGUACAUAUUUGGGAUUGCAUAGACGAUUUUCAAUUAUGUAGAUUCUUUUAAAAAUAAAAACAAAUUAUCGGAA